UGGGCGGAGGGGGGGUGGGGGUGGGGGUUGAUCCACCGCCCAUGAGACACUUGCGAGAUGCAGUAGAUGCCUCUCGACUGGGGCAGCCGCUCUGGGCGCGGCGGCGUGCAGGGGGUUUGUGCAAACAUUUUCUGGCUGUAGGGACAGGAAUGCAAGAGGGGGCAGCCUGGGGUACUUCUUGGACUGUUGGCGCGAUGUGCCGGCACUUGUGACCGCGGCGACGGGAAGAUGAAGAUGAGGCCGGAACGGAGCCGGGCGGGGCCCGGGAGGAAGCGAGCGGGGCUCUUGCCUGAAGCCCACGGGCUGCCCGCGGGCAUCCCUGCCGCCUGGGGGGCCAGGCCUCUCCCCUCCCCGAGGAAGCGUGCUCCCCGGACUCCUGUGAGGCCCUUCAUGGCCCUGCUGUUUCUGGUUUCCAUCAAGCAAGUUACAGGCUCUCUCCUUGAGGAGACAACACGGAAGUGGGCUCAGUACAAAGAGAAGUGUCUGAAAGACUUACUCAAGGAAACUUCCGACACAGUGUGUAACGGGACCUUCGAUCGAUAUAUAUGCUGGCCUCAUUCCUCUGCCGGAAACGUUUCUGUUCCCUGCCCCUCAUACUUACCUUGGUGGCGUGAAGAGAACUCUGGAAGGGCCUACCGAUACUGCCUGCCUCGGGGCUCCUGGCAGACGCUGCAGAACUCCACGGAUGUUUGGCAGGACGACUCCCAGUGCUCCGAGGACCACAGCUUCAAACAAAAUGUGGAGCACCACCACGCCUUGCUGUCGACCCUGCAGCUGCUGUACACGGUGGGCUACUCCCUCUCCACCGCCUCCCUCUUCCUGGCUCUGACCCUCCUCUUGUGUCUUCGAAAACUCCACUGCACACGCAACUACAUCCACAUGAACCUGUUUGCCUCUUUCAUCCUGAAAGCCGUGGCCGUGCUGGCGAAGGACGUCAUCUUUGACAGCUCUUACUCCAAGAGGCCCGACAGUGAGAAAGCGUGGCUGUCCUACGUGUCGGAGAUGUCGCCCUCCUGCCGCACGGCCCAGGUUCUCCUGCACUACUUCGUGGGCGCCAAUUACUCGUGGCUGCUGGUAGAGGGCCUUUACCUCCACACGCUGCUGGAGCCCAUCGCGCUCUCUGAAAGGCGCCUGUGGCCCAGAUACCUGCUGGUGGGUUGGGCCUUCCCGGUGCUCUUUGUUGUCCCCUGGAGCGUGGCCCGUGCAAAGCUGGAGAACACAGGGUGCUGGGUAAACAACCGGAAUAAGAAUAUCUGGUGGAUCAUCCGAGGACCCAUGAUGCUUUGCGUAAUGGUCAACUUUUUCAUCUUCCUGAAAAUUCUCAAGCUUCUCAUUUCAAAGCUCAAAGCUCAUCAGAUGUGCUUCAGAGAUUAUAAAUACAGGCUGGCAAAGUCCACGCUGGUCCUCAUCCCUUUACUGGGUGUUCACGAGAUCGUCUUCGCUUUCGUCACGGACGAUCAAGUUGAAGGAUUUGCGAAACUUGUACGACUCUUCAUUCAGUUGACUCUGAGCUCCUUCCAUGGACUGCUCGUGGCCUUGCAGUAUUGCUUUGCCAACGGAGAGGUGAAGGCCGAGCUGCGGAAGCAGUGGGCCCGCUUCUUGCUAGCCCACUACUCGGGCUGCAGAGCCUGGGUCCUGGAGAAGAACUUCCGAUUCCUGGGGAAAUGUCCCAAGAAGGUCCCGGAGGGGACUGGCACCGGGACACUGCAGAAGGCGCUGCCCUCGUCUGGCCGGGGCCAGUCGCUGCACUUGACCGCAGAUGGGCUGGGGCAGGCAGAAGCCCUGCCCCGCCAUGGCCACCCAGCCUGGCCCAGGGGCAGCAGCCUGUCGGAGAGCAGCGAGGGCGACUUCACCCUGGUCCACACCAUGGAGGAGAUUCUCGAGGAGAGUGAGAUCUAGACGGGGCCACCGCGCCGACUCUGCUCUCUGGGGACUCCGGAGCCGGCCAGGCCUGUGGUACUGGGGUGCCAAGGCAGCACUCCUCCCACGCCCCCUCCCACUCCAACCAGACAUCUGUUUCUUGGAGGCUUUUCCUGCUCUGUAUGACAGUGGCUUCAUAAACACUCAUCGCUUCCGCCGCCCUUGUCCUCCUCAUCUCCACUACAGGUGUGUUCUCCAGAACGCCCACCCCCCAGCCUCUAGGGCUGGCCCUAAAUUCACGUGGAUGGGGCCCUGUGACACGGAGGAAUGCCUGCUAUGAAAUAGAGGCCAAACGCUCUCCUUCCUUUACCCUUCAUGGUGGAAGGUGUGGGUCUGAAGUCAGGGUCGGGUGGCAGUGGACCACCUGCCAAGUGUUUUAAACGCAGAGUCUGACUCUUGGCAGAGAUCCUACGAGGGUGUGUCUGGGAUGCUGCCCAGCGGGAAUUGUGGGUAACAAGCAUCCUGUUCGUUCUGCGGCAAGCCCGUGCUUGGAAAACCCUGGACAGGGGAUGCAGGAGCUAGAAGCCCCUCUGAGCUGGCUCAUGGCCAGAGGCGGCGGCAGGGUUCUGAAUGCAGGCGUUCCGCUGUGACACAUCUGUCCUUCUCUGGCUGCAUGGACUCCAGGCCACCUCCCCCCACCAGCCCACUCUUGCCCUCUCUUGUCAAGCCUUUCCUCCCUCUCUCCAUCUCCAUUCCCACCGUGGGCAGGGGGAGUCUUGGUUGACCUGUGAUGAGCCCGUGCUUCCUCUGAGGGUUGGCUCCAGCUCCCAGGGUCCCUCUGGAAGUUUCCAUCCAUCGUGUUCUCAGCUUUUCCGGCUCCACCUACCUUUCUGAGCUUGGCUUCUUCAAGCCUGACUUGCCUCUCCUUCUCUGCCAUUUUUGGCUUCCCACGCAUACUUGGGUGGCCGUACCUCCUGCCCUGGGAGGUGCGCCUGCUUCUCUCUGAGGCCGAGCCCCACUGAUAAGCAUCCCACUCCUCGCAUGGAAAGGGAUGCUGAGAGCCGCAGGGGGCCUGGCCGCACUGAGAGGACUGUGGCUGAUCCGACCCGUGCGCCGAGAGGGCGGGGCUUGGGGAUCUGAGUUGUGUUCCCGACUCAACUGAGUGGAGGAUGCUCCUGGUGGCUGAGGAGGGCCAGGCCGUCAGUGUCAGGCUCAGUGGCGGACACUGAAGGCAGGAGGCUGAGGAAGGUCAAGGGAGGACUGUGCUGCGGAAGCAGGCUGUCUGUGCUCAGCAGUGUCGACUUUAUUGUGUGUAAGAUGUAUGUGUACGAGGGUAGGUGGGGUGUGUUGCUGUGGGAGCAGAUCCUGCCUUAUAUUAGGGGGAGGGGUGAUAGGAUACUCAGCAAGUAGGGUUGCCAGAUUUAGCAGUUAAAAAUACACAGGAGCUCCCUUGUGGCUCAGUGGGUUAAGGGUCUAGUAUGGUUAUGGCAGCGGCUCAGCUCGCUGCUGUGGCAUGGGUUUAAUCCCUGGCCCAAGAGCUUCCACAGGCUGUGGGUACUGCAAAAAAAACAAACAAACAAACAAAAAAAAAAACCUUGGAGUUCCCAUCGUGGCACAGCAGAAACGAAUCUGACUAGGAACCAUGAGGUUGCGGGUUCGAUCCCUGGCCUUGCUCACUGGGUUAAGGAUCUGGCAUUGCUAUGGCUGUGGUGUAGGCUCGCAGGUACAGCUCUGAUUAGACCCCUAGCCUGGGACCUCCAUAUGCCAUAGGCCCUAGAAAGACAAAAAACAAAAACAAACCAACAAAAAGGCACAAUUCCAUUUUAAUAUCAGAUAAAUGAAUACUACCAUUGUUUCAGAAGAUCCCACGGGACAUGCCUUAUAUGAAAUUCAAAUCUAAUUGCACAGUCUGCAGUUUAUCUGGCAAGUCCAUUGUAAAGGACACUUUGCAGCAGGGCAGGGACCAGGAUGAGGCAAGUAAGGCGCUCAGUUUGGGUGCAACAUUUAAGAGAGGACUAAAAUCUCUCCACUGCUAAGUCAUAUUUUAAUGCACUGUCUUAAAAAAGCAAAUCCACAAACUACAGCCCUUGGGCCAUUUGUAGAAAUAACUUUUACUGAAACCAGGGCCCAAAUGGCGGGCGGGGGGGGGGAACAAGUGAGGCCAUGAGAUGCAAACACAGGGUCUGGUCCUGAUUAUUUUAAAUUUUGAGGAAUUCCCAUUGUGGCUCAGUGGGUUAAGAAUCUGACUAGUAUCCAUGAAGAUGCAGGUUUGAUCCCUGGCCUCAAAGGGUUAAGGAUCUGGCGUUGCCAAGAACUGCGGCAUAGGUUGCAGAUGCAGCUUGGAUCUGGCAUUGCUGCGGCUGCGGUGUAGGUCAGCGGCUGCAGCUCCAAUUCUACCCCUAGCCUGGGAACUUCCAUGUGCUGCAGGUGUGGCUAUAAAAAGCCAAAAAGAAAAUUGAUAUUUUGCUCAUCAUGGAUAUUUUAAUUUUUAUUUUUGAAACUGCAUCAAAAUAUUAUUUAUCUCAGUUACUGAGGCUUUUACUCUCCCACCUUAAAUUUUGUACCCGAGGCUGGUGCUCAUCUUGUCCUCCCCCCAGUCCCAGCUCAGCUUUGCACCAGGAGGAAACAAAGCAAUGACAUUAGGUGAGUACAUAAUUAAGCAUAGGUUUGUUUUUUGGCAUCCAGAAUAUCCAUAGUUCAAUCAUUAAAAUGUAUGUCCUAGUUUUUCCUUCCUGCAAAAGCCCCUGUCAUUUCUCAGCAGCCUCUUAGUACCUAGAAAGCUGGGUUGUGCCCUAUUUCAGCCUGUACCCAGCACAGCCGGUCCGGGCAGGUGCUCAGAACACGUUCAGUCAAAGGAGACAAGACAAAAACCUCUCGGGAGCAUCCGAUGCUCUUAGGGUCAGUUAUCUAGGACUCGGCCGCUACGGAAGGAAGUGUUUUUAGAGCGUCUGUAAACAUGCCCUCCUCCCUCACGCCGUAGGUAGGGUGGCGCACGCACGCUGCUUGCACUUGUCCUGCUGACAAUUAAAAUAACAAGUUUCUUUAAUUUGAUUUGUAUUUUGUUGAUUCUUUUACUUUGGUUUCUCCCUGGAGCUGAAGGUCUCCACCCCUGGAGAAUAUGGUGCACUGUUCCGGCCAGAAGUGGGAAAAAGAGCUGCAGUGUUAAGCCUGGGACUUGGGUGGUCCAGUAUCUCAGAGACAGAGAGGAAUGGGCCGCGGGGGAGGGGAGAGAAGCAGAGGUCAGAGGUCACAAGUGGGGCGGCAAGGGUCUCCCUUCUUCUAAACCAUUUCCUAGAUUGUUCCCUUUGCCGUUGCCUUGAAGAGCCAGCCUUGGGGAGUUCCCUGGUGGUCUAGUGGUUAGGAUUUGGCACUUCCACUGCUGCGGCCCCGAUUCAACCCCUGGUCUGGGAACUGAGAUGCUACAUCAAGCCACUGUGUGCUGUAACCUGGGAAACUGCCUAGAAGCAUUGAUGGCUGCUGAUCCCAGAAGGCACACCAGCUGCCCAGCGCACACCUUGGGCGUGUCAGGAGCAUGGUUGCCUGGGCUGCAGUGAGAAUGUGCUGCCUGGUGGCGGCAGUGACACCUGGCACUGAGGGGGCCCUGUUGGUCAGUCUGUCUGGGGUGCCGCCUAGGGCUGCUAAGAAAUGCUCAAGGGCCACAGCCCAAGCAGCCAGGACCCUGUGAGAAGAGUGUGCGCGGCUUUUCCUCAUGAGGCCAUUUCUGCCCUUGAGUUUCCUUGUGCAGGAGGAAGCAGACAUUCAGCGAUGCGACGUGAUCUCCCCAGAAUCUCUGUAGCGGAUGUCUGUUUUUACAAUCCCCACCCUCUUCUACUGACCACACCAAAAUUUUCCUCUUAGAAACCAUGCGUCUUCCGCUCCGAGUCUAUGAAGUGAGAAUCAUCCUGACUCCAUCCUCAGCCCCAAGGAUGGGCAUGAAAAUCCUCUUGGCCACCCUGAGCAGGACAUCCUCCUGGCACCAGCUUCUCCUUCACUUUUUGAGGCUCAAAUUGGAUCAGUCGCAGAAUCUCCUUAUUGGCCAUGGUCCCCUCGAUGAACUCUUUCUCUAACCCCCAGAUCUUCUCGGCUCGCUUCUCCGGGGUGUUUUCGUCGUCGGGGAGCUGCUUCAUGUCCUCAGGACUGAUCAUUUUGAAAAUAGCCUGCACCGGAUCAAGAGGAAGAACUGGUCAGCAGUCCCACGGCGCUGACAGGGACCCCCUAUGGCAGAGGUUGAAGUGCAGACGCCCAGGCCCCAGCUGCCCUGCUGAGCCCUCGUUCCUGGGAGUGGGCAGUGGGCAUCUGCACUUUGUCUUUUUAGGGCCGCACCCACGGCACAUGGAGGUUCCCAGGCUAUGGGUCCAAUGGGAGCUGUAGCUGCCGGCCUGUGCCACAGCCAUAGCGACGCAGGAUCCCAGCCACGUCCACGACCUGCACCACAGCUCGAGGCAACGCUAGAUCCUUAACCCACGGAGCAGGUCCAGGGAUUGAACCCGCAUCCUCAUGGAUCCUAGUCAGAUUCGUUACUGCCGAGCCACAACGGGAACUCCCAGGGCAUCUGUACUUUUGAGCUGCCCAGAAGGGGUGGGAAAUGUGGGGGUGGGGUGAAGAAGGCUUUCAGUUAUUUUGUCACUGUUUGAACUUCCUCACCACAGAGACCUAUUACUUUCAUUUUAUUAAAGCAGAAAAAUACGACAUAAAGAGCUGCCCCAGGGAACUGCUACCUCAAACCCCACAGCCUAGAAAUUGUAGCACAUCAAAUGGCUCCUUCCCAGUCCAGGUCGGACUUGGUUGCCCAGCCAGGUUGACUUAGGGUAAUAAGGUCUAUGAGGGUAAUAAGGAUGAUUAGGGCUAACCUUUGUUAAGCGUGCCUCUUUCUUAAGCAUCCUUACAUAUGAACUCCUUCAUGAGGUGUUAUCGGCCCCAUUUCACAGAUGAAGAAACUGAGUCAACCAACCUGCUGGAAGUCACCCAGCUAGAAGCAGAAGAGUGGAGAUUCUAACCUGGGCAAGUUUGGUUCUAGAACCUCUGUACUUGCAUCAUGUGGAAGGCCUUAGAGAGCAUUCUAGAGGUUGGGGAAGGUCACCCAGGGCACAGGAAGCCCCUUAUUUAUUCUUCUGCUCAGGGAGGGAUCCAGAGAAAGGUUGAGCUUUAAGCUCUCACCCCCUCUACUCUUGCUAAUAAAGGAGCCGGAUGGACAAUGUCCUGUUGGCAAAGUACGAAGUACCUCCUGACCUGUGCCAAGAGAAAGGGACAAGGUGGCAUCGGUGUGCCCUCCCAGGGCCAGGUUAUUAGAAUUCUACCGGCUCGGUGACUCCAGGGCUGGUCAGGCCCAGCUCCAUUCAAGGUUGUGGCUCUGAGCCUAUCCCAGCUUGUGAUGCAAAUGCUGGGACUGGGAUGCUGGGGAACCAGGCAGGGGCACAGUGCCUGUGAUUUAGCCUGGCGGGAAGAUGGGCAGCUUCGGGAGCCCCCUUUCAGCAGCCCCGUGCUCAGUGCUGUAGCCAGAGGAGCAAGGAGUCAGACCCAGCUGCAGCAGCCUGGCAGACAGCGCUCAGAGCCCAGCCCCGAGGUGUCCCUGAACUCCUCUAUCUGUCCGGAGCCCAGGAACCACAUGCAGGCCCGAGGGCUAAGGGCUGGGAGUGCCUGGCUGCCUGCCCACCCUGCUUCUGACACCGAGGACCAACUGUUAGGGCCUUGGUGAAUGGGCUGAGAAGGAACCAUUGUAUCCCCACCCUGGGCACUGGGAGGCUGUAUGGUUUUCUGCAGCCAAGAAGCUUGCUGGUGGUCCAGCCGGACCAGAACCCAGAACUGCUGAUUCCCAGGCCGGUGACCUUGGACCUGGUGAAUAGCAGAGGCCUGGCAUCAUCCCGCACGGCCUCGGCCAUGGACGCGCCCUUCUCCCCUCCUCCCCCUUCGCCUCCCCCCUUCACUCCUCCCUUUCCUCCUCCCCUCCCCGAAGGAGCAUCCCCUCCUUCCUAGGCCUCUGCCGGGCCUGGCAUCCUUCGGGUGGUUCUGAAGGAGUGGUCCCCACCCCAGGCCACCUGCCAAUCCAUGGUCGUGUGCUCUGCAGGCCGUACCCAGAGGCCAGGGAGGUUCCCGCACAUGCCUGCCCCCAACUUGGGAGGCCCACUGACCACGUGCUUAGCUCUUUUAUUUAUGAUUUUUCCUAAUAAAGGUGAGGGAAUUGAGCAAAAUUAUGAAAGCAGGGUUAUAAAUGCAUCAAAAAUUAUAUAAAAUAGGAAAAACAUUUUCUCUCUUAAUGGAAUGGAAUUAGAGAAAUAAAGCAAGGGACCUGGGCUUGGGGGCGCGGGGAGAAAAAAGAUCAAGUAAAAUGAUACGAAAUGAAGGGAAACAUAAAUGAUGUAAUAGGGAAAACACAGGAACAUCAUACUGGUCCAGAAAUGUAGGCCAUGUUAAUUUUGGGGCAUGUCCGUAAGAUGGAAUUCUAAGCAGCUAUUAAAAAUGGUUUGAUAGUGAAAACGUUCGCAAUAAAACAGUGGCUGAAAAGAG